AGUAGCAGUCGUGUUGUGUCCGUGACGCGACAGGUUCAUCAUGAGAUUGUCAAUUCUGUUUCUGUUGGUGGUCGGCGCCGUCGCUGUGAGCGGCCAGGGCCAGCGAGAAGAGGCGCGGGCGAGACUCCGCGCCCUGGCUCAGCGCGCGCGGGCAGGCGACGUAGAAGCACAAGGUAGACUGCAGUCUCUUCGCCGCAAGCGUCCCUUGAGACGAAACCAGGCAGUUCAGUCGGAAUCUGUCCCCCGCACGCCAGUCUUCCAGGGUGCCUCCUUGGCUCCUGUAGAAGAGGUGACAGAGGCACCAGCACCCGCACCGGCUCCUCAGCGCGUUAGGGUCCCAAUUCGGCGCACGCGAGUCCGCAUCCCGCGCCCAACGAAGGCGACGACGACCCCGCCGCCCCCAAGCACCUUCCCGCCCUUCUCCCCCGUCCAGCUGUUCACCGAGCCCACCGAGGAUUCCUUCCUCGCGACGGACCCCGUCACCGAGGCCCCCUUCUUCGAGACCUUCCCCACGGAGGCCGUGACGGAGGCGCCCAUCUUCCAGAAUGUCAUCGAGCCGAGCCCAGUGCCCUUCAGGCCCCGCGUCAGGCAAAGGCAGCAGCAGAUCCAGAGCACCGACCUGGACUUCGAGCCGCACCGUGCUCUGAAUACAGGCCUUGAAAUCGACACUCGCUCCGAGAACAUCAUCCAGCACUCCCGCUUCGACGGCACCACCAAGCCCACCGUGGAGACCAUCCGCCGCUACUCUUACUUCGACGAACAAGGGAACUACAUCUUCGGCUACGAGGCCGCCGACGGUUCCUUCAAGGAGGAGAAGCGACGACUUGACUGCAUCGUUGAGGGCAAGUAUGGCUACGUUGACCCCGACGGCAUUCGUCGCGAGUUCACCUACACCUCCGGAAACCAGUGCGACCCCAACGCUACCCCGAGCCCCGACGGCGAGGAGGUCGUUCUCCCUCUGAAUGACCAGUUCCUUACACAGACGCAGGAACGCCAGUUGUCUGACACUGAGCUUACCGAGCUGAACUUCAACCGCCGCCGCCGCCCUGUCGUCCAGGAACAGCAGCAGGCCCCUGUUCGCACUUCCUCCAGCCGUCGCUUGCGCCCAGUCAGUCGCCCACAGGUCAUCAGGACCCAGCAAGUGGCUGUAGAGGAGCCCGUCACACAGGCCCCUGCCCCUCAGUUCACCACUCCUUCUUCCUUCAACCGGUUCACCACCCCGGCCUCCUUCCGUAAACCACCGUCCACUGUCCAGGAGACGAGGCCCACCACACCUGCGUUCGUCGAGACCCCCGCGCCCACCACAGUCUUCAGACCAGUCACCUCCGCUCCCCGUCAGCCCGUCGUGACUUCUGCAGCAUUCAGGCCAACACCCAAGCCCGUCAGCUUCGACUUUGACCGCGAAUUCAGCAACCUCUUCAGCAACUUCCCUGGUCCUCGCCAGACCACCCGCACGCAGCUCUUCACUCAGCCAAGGCCCACGACGCCUUUUACUCCCAGGCCCACACCAGCGCCUACAACCAGGCCACCACCACCUCCUCCUCCACCAACCACGAGGGCCCCCGCCUCCUUCCCCCCAGCUACCUUCCCCCCCGCCACCUUCCCCCCCGUGAGGACCUCCCCCGCCACCAGCCGCCCCUCCUUGGACGACGGAUCCCAGACCCUCGGCGGAGGUGAACUCGCUCCCCAGCUCGUGUUCGACGCCGCCACCGGCACCUUCAAGACCGUGCGCGUGAACACCAAGUCCCGCCCGGCGCCGCCCAGGCCAGCCGUGCAGACUUCCUUCGCUCCCGCUCCCACUUUCGCCCCCAUCACCUCUGCUCCUGCGGGCCGCCCUCUACCCGGCCUGAGCACAGGCGGCAGCCCCCUUCCCUCCGUGCCAACUGGGCCCCUCUUCAUCAACAAUCCCGGCCGCUCCCCUGCUGCCUCUGAGUUUGACAAGUUCUUCAGCCAGUUCAACAUUAAGUUCUAAAUAAAAGACCGACCGGGACUGGCAGAGAUGGCUUAGCCUCUUCAAGAUACAAAUAAUAGUAUUAAGGCGUUGUUUACAUUUCAUUUGAAAAUGCUCAACCUGUCUCCUCCUUCAGCUCUUCCCGUGUCGUCUUGCCAGCCUCUGCAGACGUCGGCUGAACUGCUCUCGCCCCCCCCCCUACCUGGCGGCUGCAUCUAGUCUGAGUCGCCGGCAUCUUCAACUUAUCCUCUCUAGUUCAUGUUGGUCUCGCGGCCGGGUUGGCACGAUUUCGUUCAUUGGCGUUGAUAGGACCACAAUCCGCCAACUUAAGCACUAUUGUUGUCGAUAUGAACACUUGCAGGUCAACUAAGUAAAAAAAAAAACGAUAUGGUAAUGAGGUGAAUGCAAUAUUGUCGCCCAGGUUGCAACCCAAGGCCAAGUUACGCCCGUGCCAGUCACUAGAACAUUCUCCCUACGCUAGUGCCAAACUAGUGCACCUUCUCCUACGAGCUUUUAGUUGUUCUCGUUCGUUCAGCGAACCUUUUAGUUUUUGCCUCUUAAAUGUCGUGCAAUGUUGAAAGCUUGCAUCGCGUCCGUUGCAAAUAUACUUUUGCUGUAAAUAGUUUGCUUUAUACAAAAUGCUCUUACCUUUUCUACUACCUCAUCACAUAAACAGAUCACUCCGCACGCCUUAACCGCAUGUUUAUCUUGCCAGCGACCUCGUUACGUCAUCCAAGCUUUCGUCUCCUUCUUGCCAUAACAGACGAGCAUCCACGUAAAUUCCUGUUAAAAAAAUAAAUGCAUAAAUAAAUCUAAAGGGUGCGUGGUUUGACGGAAAGUGCAAGGAAUCAUAGCACGCUCGCCUUUCGCGAGUGCGGUUAUAGACACACCUCCGCCUCGGGCUCCCGUACAAGGAUAGGAGUCGCUCUCCGCCCCUUGCUCGGCUACCUCGCCUUCCUCGUCCACGAAAUCCACUUUUAAAACGUAUUAAAACUUCUCCGCGAUUAAGAAAGAAAAAAGAGAGUGAGAGAAAAAAAGACCAUCUCCUUUAUUUCAACUAUUUUCGUGAAAGAAAACUAUUGAGGUGGAGAAAGGGUCCCUUUUUUUCUCGGGUAAAUUGGUUCAGCCCCUUUAUCUCUGCUCCAAAUACGGCGAAAAGGGGAGGAGCUUAGUCGUUCGUCAAGGUCGCUGGGCAGUUACAUUUUAGUUUUUUGUUUUUAGAACUGGCUACUUUGAACCGUGGUUAGUUAUUCUUUGCUCGAUAGUGUGGCACUAGCGUAACGAAGGGAAGGGGAAUGAAAAAUGAUGCACUGUUGCAAGGAUUAGUUACGAUUCAGAUGUCUUUUAUUUUCGAAAGAGUUUAGUGCGAGAAUUUUACACCGACCAUUGUUCUGGCAUGUAUAUAUGUGUACCAUACAUUUUAUAUUAUUUUACAUACCUAAAAUAAAGAAUUCCUUUAUUGA